UACAGGCAUGGAUGGGAAGAAAUGCAGCGUGUGGAUGUUUCUACCUCUUGUAUUUACUUUGUUUACUUCAGCUGGCUUAUGGAUAGUGUACUUUAUAGCUGUGGAAGAUGACAAAAUUUUGCCAUUAAAUUCAGCUGCAAGGAAAUCAGGUGUGAAGCACGCUCCAUACAUCAGUUUUGCAGGUGACGAUCCUCCUGCGAGCUGUGUGUUCAGUCAAGUAAUGAACAUGGCUGCCUUCCUAGCCCUCGUGGUAGCUGUUCUGCGCUUCAUCCAGCUGAAACCAAAGGUUUUAAACCCAUGGCUGAAUAUCAGUGGUCUGGUGGCGCUGUGUCUGGCAUCCUUUGGGAUGACCUUACUUGGUAAUUUCCAGCUCACAAAUGAUGAAGAAAUCCAUAACGUGGGGACAUCCUUGACCUUUGGGUUUGGCACACUGACCUGCUGGAUCCAGGCCGCAUUGACACUCAAAGUCAAUAUCAAGAAUGAGGGACGGAAAGCUGGAAUUCCAAGAGUUAUCUUGUCAGCCGUCAUCACUCUCUGUGUAGUCCUGUAUUUCAUCCUCAUGGCCCAAGAUAUCCAUAUGUAUGCAGCCAGGGUCCAGUGGGGCCUGGUCAUGUGCUUCCUGGCAUACUUUGGCACCCUGGCUGUGGAGUUCCGACACUACCGCUAUGAGAUCGUGUGUUCCGAGUACCAAGAGAACUUCCUGAGCUUCUCAGAAAGCCUGUCAGAAGCUUCUGAAUAUCAGACCGACCAGGUGUAACCCAUCAGCUUGUCCUUGGGGGAGCGGUGGGUGUGGCAACAGGGGAGGGGCCAGGACACACUCACGGGACUUGACACAUCACCUCACGACGCUUUUCACACACGGACACAUACUUAUGGCCACAUCUGACAAGAGAGCUUUUCAGGGCAGGUUAUUUCUUUCUUGAACAAGCACAAGCCCUCAUGUAUGGAAAAACACACUGUCGCACUGAAAACAUGCACGACAGAGCCAGAAGCUUGUGCAUGAUCACCUCCCCGCCCCUGCCCUCCCAGCAGGCCUUGCGCUUCUCAUCCUCUUCACGUUUCCAGACUGGCAUCUUCCUCCAGCAGAGUGAGGCCGGCCGAAUGUAAAGCAAGAGUCAAGUCGCCUUCGGGUCCGCAGGGCUUGAGAUGAGCAUGGGGGUAAGUUGUGGAUCUGGUACCAAUAUUCUUGAGCGGAAAACUGAGCAGCAUCUGACUGGAUACACACCGCACUAAAGCUGUGACUGUGUCCUGAGAGGCAUGGACAGAGCUUUCCCACCAGGCUGUCUGUCCUCGUCACUGUUCAUCGGUCGGCUUUGUGGAUCCAGAGAGAGAAGCAUGCAACAGAGAGUGCCCGGGAAAGAACACUCUGCCUGAGGAAGAUCUCUCCAAAUGUGGAUGUUCACUGGCACGGUCUGUUGUCGCUAUGGCAGGAGGUACAACCGAGAGGGCGUGGCUUGGUUUUUACUUCCACACUGUAUCAUGCACAGUUCCAGUUUUAUAGCUCGUGGCUUGCAUUUUCUUUUUUAAGUACCACUUCCAUGGGUCUAUGUAGGCCUUGUGGAUAAAGGUGUGGACCAAAGGCAAGAACUUUGUUUUGGUUUCAAGUAUGAAAGGGGUAUACUUGCAAGCGUAAUUUAUAUUUGAAGAAGAAAAAAAGAUUCUCGAAGAAGCACAAUCUGUGUAGGGUGGGAGGUAUGAGGUCCCCUGUGGGCUCUGGGCAAAGACAGGUUAUCACUCUUGCUGCAAAUCCAACCCAGGGGAGGCUUUCAUAUCCAUGUGUUGCCCAAAUUUUAUAGUUUCAGUACUGGGGACUUUUCAGAUUUGGAAAUUAUAGAAGCAAAUUAAAAACAUUGCCCACCCUGAAACCCCAUUGACACAAACAGCUGCAAUACUGCUAAGCAUUCAGAGGUGAGCCCAUAGGUGCAGGGGUUCAAGGCCAUCCUAGAUCCCUGUGUCAACAACAGAAUGCCAAGUGCACAAGCACCCCCUCCCCCACCAAGUGCACUGUUUCAAAAAAAACUCUCCAAAUCCAUAGGGGUCUCGGAUACCCCGGAAUGUAAUGUGAAGAACGCUAUUUUGUAAAUGCAACCCAAAGUGUAGCUUCCCAAGGAGGGGUUCAGAUGUUACAUCUCACUCUCCAUUCCCAGCCGAGUGCCUAGCACAUAGUAAGUGCUCACUAAGUGUCCACCGAAUAGGUUUACUGGCUGUUUCUGAGUGGAGGUAAGGACUAGCAAAAACGAUUCAGAGACAAAUGACAGAGUGAGGAGGGAGAGGGAGGGACGGUCACUCCCGGGCAGGGAAGGGAGUAGAGACCCUCCGUGGUGUGAGAAAGAGCCUCGAGGAGACUGCUCUCUCAUUUAAAAGGCAUCUUACUGUAAAUACUCCAGGGGGACGUCUUGUAGACUGUGAUGGGGUUUCUUUCUUUUCUUUUUUAUAUUUUAAAGAUUUUAUCAAAGAACAGACCAUUUUAUUUUACUCUACGCACUCCAAGUUAAAGAGCUGUGGUGCCACACUUCUGCUUUCUUAGAGCGUGUGUAACAACACAGCCUAACAGAGUCCAGCAGGGACGGACAACACUCACUGCGAGCUGGCCACUAAAAUAAAGGUGUUUACGCAAA